UUAAUAUUGGAGGUUGUGAGGACUACUUGAACACGUGAUGACCUCACAGUCAAACCAGUUUUGAUACCACCAGUCCUAAUAACCCGAGUUAUUGAGACCAAGUGGUUCGUUCAUUGACAUGGUAUAUCAGAGCCUUUGAUGAUGAUAAUUACCAAUGUGUCUUAUGUUCGAAUCUCGACGAUCUCGUUUUGAUAUUAGUGUUUUUGCAAACUUCAAGUAGUAAAAUAGUAUAACAUUCGUAAUCGAAACUCUCACGAUCGAGUUAUUGAGACGAACUGGUUUUGUGCACGCAGUUGUGGAGGAGGACGGGUUCAUCGCCCGGUCAAUGGGGUUCCAGAACACGGCCGGACCGGAAGGCCACCAGGCCGUGGCGGUCCGCUCACUGUCCGACCGGUCCGCAUUCAUCAACUGCAGGCUGGACGGAUUCCAAGACACACUGUGCUACCAAGGCGGCCGCCAGCUGUUCCGCAACUGCGUCCUAUCCGGAACCAUCGACUUCCUCUUCGGAUACGGCGCCGUGGUGGUGCAGAACUCGCUCAUCAUCGUCCGGAAGCCCAUGGAGAACCAGUUCAACACGGUGACGGCCGACGGCAGGAAGGAAAGAGGGCAGCCGACGGGGAUCGUGAUCCACAACUGCAGGAUCGUCCCGGAGCAGAAGCUGACGCCGGACAGGCUCACGGUGAAGACGUACCUGGGCCGGCCGUGGAAGGCGUACGCCACCACGGUGGUGAUGGAGUCGCAGCUCGGUGAUCUGAUCCAGCCCGAAGGUUGGAAGCCGUGGGCCGGGUCCAUGUUUCUGGACACGUUGUACUAUGCCGAGUAUGGGAACCGUGGGCCCGGUGCCAGCACGGCGAGGAGGGUGACGUGGAAGGGCGUGCACAGCGUGCUGUCGAGGAGUGACGCCAUGCGGUGGACCGUUGACUCUUUUCUUCAAGGGAGGGAAUGGGUUGCUAAUACCGGGGCUAAUGUUAUUUAUGGGCUUAAAGCUUGAUUAAAGUUUGGGUCGUGUUUGAUUAAAGCUAAAUUGUAUGGGUGAUGAUGCACACAAAACCCUACCCCGUUAUGAACAGGAAGGGUGGAGGAUUGGAGGGGAGGAAAAUUAAUGGAAAAAGGAAUAAAUUAAUAUUUAUAUAUAUGUGCGCGAUUUUAAUUAAUGUUUUCGUAGCGGUUUUUUUUAAUAUAAAAAGGUGAGACUCAGUUCAAUUGAGGUCCCAGUCAACACCAACGUCAUCGUGAACGCUUGGGCGAUAAAUCGAGAUCCUCGUUAAUUACUGGACAGAGGCGGAGAGGUUCUUACCGGAAAGAUUUAUGGAUUGCUCAAUCUAUUAUACGGGUACCGAUCUCCAAUUCAUUCCAUUUGGUGCCGGAAGAAGGAUGUGUCCUGGGGUUUCUUUUGGAAUGAAGAUCGUGAAACUAACUCUAGCAAAUUUGAUUUCACAUUUUGACUGGAAACUUCCGGCUGGACAGAAAAGCAUUAUUGAUAUGACGGGAUGUUUUGGAGGGACACUGAGAAGACAAUAUGCUCUUCGUCUAAUUCCAAUUCCGUAUCAUCGCGUGCUUCCUUUACUUUAGGCUAUAAUACUGCUCAUUGCAUAUUCUCGGAGCCUCGUUUUGGUUGCAGGGACGGGGUGAUAUGAGAUGUUUGAGUGAUUUUCUAGCUUUAUCUUAUGAUGUUCUGCUUGCAUUUUUGUCUUCCUUAAUCUUGUACACUUUGUGUUUUUUUUCUUCUUUUUUGACCGUCCAACAUAACGAUCGACAAUCAUGUUUGGUCAAUUUAGUAAAAAAUAGAUGGUUAAUUGAUGUCACAAUAUUAUAAAUCGAAAAGAUCUGCGAUAUUAUAUAUGUGCCAAAUUUGGAGGGGGGGCGGGAUAUUAACCCAUACUGAGGUUGGUGUUAUAGUUCUCAUAUAUCAAAAUUUAGUGUCUAAUAUGUCCCCUAUAUGGAGUAUAGUGACCAUAUCCGCAAUUUUCCUUCGCUCCACCCCUGGCCAAAUUAUGAAUUCUAGCCUAAAGUAAUGGGCAAAUUGAAAUGGGGAAAAUAGCAAGAGACAGCAGCAGAGUGGGAGGGAGCUGGAAAGGAGCAAAGCUUCGAACAUAAUCAUUGCAAGGCCACGGCAUAUAAUCAAUUUGAUCUAACGUAUUGUAUCGGAGAAUCAUCCAAGUUGGCACAUGGCCGCGACUGCUAACGGCGGAGGAAGAAGAGGUAGCAGCGGCGGCGUCGGAGACGAACCCCUGGAGAAGAUGACCGAGAUAAGCAAAACCCUAAAAGAAGGGGAAAGGAUUCUGGCGCCAACCCGACGGCCCGACGGUUCUCUUCGAAAACCCAUUCGGAUUCGCGCAGGUUAUGUGCCUCAAGAUGAAGUCGCCAUCUACCAGUCUAAAGGUGCCUUGGUAUGUUCUGUUGCUGGCGGGAGUUUUUUUUUCUUCCUAUGCGUUUAUCGUCUUCUUCUUGCUUUGCCCCCUUCCUUUUCCGCAUUGGGUUUUGCAUUUGUAAUCAAAUUAAUUAAUGUGCUUUGAUCGACUUCCUUGCCAUUGUUGGCUAGUUGCAUCCUUUUCUGGUUUGUGAGAAGUUGAAGAUAAGUGUUCUGUUUUCACCGAGCAAUUUGAGAAUAAAGAGAAGAAAUUUCUGAUGGUGGGAUCCUUUGAUGGAAAAUAUAUGAAAUUCAGUCUUAAGCUCUUCAGUUGUGAACAACAGUACAUUUUAGUGAAUCCUUUCUCGGCGGUUCUUGGUAUCUGGAGGUGAUAACGGUAUGACCAUUUAUCUCAAGACAGAAAUAUGAAACAUAGGCUUGUUUCCUUCAAUGCAGUGGAAGAAGGAGAUGGAAUCACAGCAGUCAGUACCUCCGGGUUAUGAUCCCGUAGAUGCAAAGCCAAAGUCCAAGGCAGCCAAGAGGAAUGAAAGAAAGAAGGAAAAGCGAC